AUGGCGUCACUACAAGACCAGGCUGAGCAGGUCAAAACAGCAGCCGCAUCAAUAGCAACAUGCACUCCUGCGACGACCGUUCUACUGAAAGAGCUACUCCUCUCCAGAGAAAACAAUGACGCCUCCACGGCCUCGGCCAAGACAACCAAGACAGCUCGACCCACCACCGCGAAGCGCAAUGGCGCAGCGUCGAGAACCGCCGGCCCCAAGAAGGCAGCAGUGGAGGACAAGAGGGAGCUGUCAGCAAAAGAGAAGGGAUUACUGGCAACACAUAUCAUCAACGUAACAUCGAAGUCCCUUGGAAAUGCUAUCAAGGCUCCUGCGCCAGCCACGCCUAGGGAGCCAGCUGCUGGGGCGGAGGACCUGGUCAAGACUGCUCCUAGGAGGCGCCUUCGACGAUCGUACUCGGCUCCCAUGACGCCAAUGCAACCGCGAUCCACCAACCGAGUCUCGACGUCCCCCGAGAUUGAGAGAAAGCCCCCGCCGUCCCCAUCGAAGCUGAAUGCCUCGACAGGCUGCUUGUCCACCGUCGAAUGUGCCCGAGUCGCACUGUCAGCACUCCGGCAACUCCGGAUCGCUGGGAAGAUCAACCUGCCAGAGCUCCAGCUGGAGGCCAGCAUGUCAUCUCUGGUUGCAAAGCUCAUUGGUUUGGGGCUGAUGGAGCAUGCUGUGAGGGAACUGCGCCUCCUCAAAAGGACACUGGACGACCUGCUUUCAGCCGACAAAAAGCCGUCCAAGGCUGCUUCUACCACCUCAUCCCUCGGCCUGUUCGAUCUGCUGGAAUUCCGUGGAAUCAAGCCGUCGGGCCAGGCGCUGAACUUAGUGAUCAGCACACAGAUGCAGGUUCUUAGGAUCAUGGCCAAGAUGAAGAGAACAGUCGACAUCGAGAAGGCCCGAGGAUCUCUCCGACUCAAUAAUGAAUUUUCGCCUACAAGCCUCCUACUUUUGUCAGCCGGUUCAACCAAGUCGGAAAAGGAUAAAGCUGCUCGUCAGCUCGAUUCCCUCUCAAAUCUUCUCCUCCCGCUGGCACCAAGCAUCUCGAUCGCCGAGGACGAUGUGGCCGUGCAGUCGAAACUCAGCAUCAGUCCGCUGGCCGCCCUUGAGCUGCAGGGCAUCGCCCUUCGGUCAAGAUUAAGCUGGUGGAAACUAGCCGGUCACAAGGGUGACGUUAUUAAGGAUAUUCUUGCACCCUUGUCAGGAUGCAUGCGUGCGUACGUCCGACGAACCGGGAAGACGUCGACUUCAAAUUACAAGAGCUGCCUCGCCGUCUUCAACGAGAUUCACACCCAGAUGCUGGCUCAGGGUCUUGAGCCAGCACAAUCGUCCAAAUCACCAUUGACCAACAUCUACCAGGUAUUAGCCAAGCUGGCCCGAGAAGGGGGUCACUACGGCGAUGCAGUUACAUGGGCCGAGAAGGUUGACCAAACAACUGAUCCAAGUCAGGAUUCAGCGGCCAAGUGUUACGCAAACUCAGCGUUUUUGCUAGCCUGCCGCCUCAAGAUACCGUGGAAAUAUCCGUCGCAGGACCAAUUGCUUCAGGGAGUACUUGAAGGACUUCAGGGGCCGCUUCGAGGCGACACCAGUGAAUUAGACGAUCUCCUGGACAGCCUCACCGUAGCUCUGAACUCAGUCAUGCAUGUCUUGUAUGGGGGCUUGAGUGACGAAGAAGGCAGGAAAUAUCGACCUUCGACAGAACUCGCUGGGCUCUUGGAGCAUCUUAUCGAUCAGCUGCCGCGAUUCUGCAUUCGAUGGCUGGGAAAACGACCAUCAUCCCAAGACGAUACCAAGGGCUUCCUUCGAUAUGAACAGCGACGGACUAUCAUGAUCAAAUCGGCACCCCAGGUCCUGAACGCGGCGCUGAUGCUCGCAAAGAUGAGCGUCGAUGAGAAACGAAUAGCAUGGGACAAGCUCGAAUCGCUCUUACACGAUUGUCUCGGACUUCUCGACAGCCUGGGAGACCUCGCCUCUGUUGAUCCCUCAGUGUAUUACUACGCCAAGAUCUCGCAUGUAUACUACAUGCAGCACACUAUUUUCAUGGAAGCAAGCAAAGGAUCGAAAGCCAACGCCAAGGAGAAUCUCGGCUAUGCACUGAGAGCAAUGCGUCGCUCGAUUGAAUGCGUUAAAUACCGUUCAAGCAAGGAGCGGGCAAGAGCUCAGAUUCUUUUCAAGCUCGAACGCAUCAGCGAGUUGUACAGGGAGACUGGCAGGUCGGACGAUGCGUUGGCGUCUUUACAGAGCCUCAGGAAUAUCUUGAUUGAAGAUGGUGUUCUUCGGGCAGUUGCCGAAGCCUCCAAAGAACUCCCUUCGCGACAAGCCUGGUCCAUCAGCAAGGAUGCAGAAUUACUUUCGUCAUCGUUACGGUCUAUAGGGCGUCUGGAACAGGGCUGGGUUGAUUGGACUCUCCAUUUGGACGAACCCGAACGGCUCGCUGCUCUUGAGCAUCGCCUCGAAUUCAUUGUCUUGAGUAACGGUUCUAGCACUAAGAGUGCCGGGUCUCAAGAUGCAUGUAUUGAAGCACUUCUACAGCUGUGCUCGGUCGACAAAUAUCCAGUGAGAAGGCUGAGGAUCUUGACACGGCUGCUGGCCGCCAAUAUAGGAGACUCGAAAAAUCGCGAGUCGAUCCAGGCUCAAUUCGAAGAGGCAGCAACGAUCAGUGGCGGUGCAGUCUUGGGUGAGGACAAUGCGCUAAAGGGCUGUCUUGCACACAUGAAGGCUCUUUCGCAAUCCAUGGCUGCUCUGGCUUGUCAACCACCGAAACAUGAACAGAUUGAACAAUCCAUGUCUGUUUGGCGAUCCAUCCUCGCUAGCUCAGCCAGUAUUGAUCAACAAAUCGACGACCUGCCCGGGCUGUUGGAGCACUUGCAAUCUAUUGCAGAUUACGCCCGAUUGUCUAACCGCAACAGCCUCCUGUUGGAUGCCUUGCAACUUGCGUCUGAUCUGAGCCACAGAGCCACCGGCUUGGACACAGCGUUGAACUUGCAAGUCUCAGCAGCACUUGCCCUGCAGCUGACAAACGUCGGCCAAUCGUCAAAAGCGUACACAAUUCUCGCGCAGGCCCAGCAGUCAAUAAGUCCAGGAGAAACGAAGUGCCGUGAGGAUAUCGUCAGUUUCCUUCUCUCACACGCGGAGUACUUUGUCGAGAUUGGAAGCAUUGAAAAGGCAGGCGAUGUCCUAUCUCAGGCGAAGGAGACCGUCUCAGCGAUGAACAUGUCUGUCCGGUCGAGGAACCGCAAAGCGAUAUUGGCCCAAGCCUCUCUGGUCUAUUCGGCUGUUGCUCUUGGCCGGGGCGAUGCCCCGAGCGCCCUCAACUAUGCCAGGAAUGCUGCUCGAGUGUUGUUUCAGGAAUGGGCGAGAUUGGAACAAAGGGCGAAAGCUGCGCAGAGUGCGGCUCAAGAAAAGUCUGCCGAUGAGUCUUCGUCCCAGUUGGAUGCCUCCUUGAGUGCAUUGAUGGAGAAGAGUAAAGACUCGCCUUCAAUCAUCUCAGGGCCGGAAUCCUGGAGACUGGCACAUCCCGUUCUCAAGGGCCUUCUUUUCCUGUCAAACAUCUAUGCUCAUCUGGGUAUGUACCAGGAGACAGUGUACUAUGCCGAACAAGCUCAAAAGGUGGCACAGGCUGCUGGUUCCGAAGCAUACUUGGCCGAGUGCGACGCUUGGGUGUCUUUCAUCUCAGCAAGGGCUGGCAAGUUCGAUGAUGCUUUGAAGGUGGUGGGCCAAGUUCGAUCCAGGCUCAAUGUCGGCGACUACUCCAGCAGACUCGUCAACCUUUGCUGCCGACUCGGCAACAUUUACCGCGAGACUAGAGAUUUCGAUUCGGAAAGAGACAUGAUCAAAGCGGCAGAGGAGAUGGUGAGUCGCAUGGCAGGCGGUUCUGAGAGUGAAGCAGGAGCUGCGAAGGGCGAAGUGGUUGCGACCAUCGAGAUGAAGACGAAGAUUCCCAUCAGGUACAAACGAACAGCUACAACCACUACGUCGACACGUACAACAAAGGCGGCAGCGGCGAGGAACGCCCCCAAGAAGGCUGCAGUGAAGAAGCCGGAGCCGACUAGCUCGGCAACCAUCGAGCAAGAGGACGCGUAUCUGGUGUCUCUUAAGGCAUCCGUCAUGGUCGAAAAAGCAUCGUCGAUGAUCCACCAGAAAGACUGGUCUGGAGCCUGGCAACUUCUACAGGAGGUCCGCCAGUCGCCCAAGGUUGCUUCACACCUAUUAUCCGAGCUCCUUACUACGGCAAGGUCACUACUCGGGCAGAGCAUGGAGCAGAUGUCUAAGGAUGCUGUUUAUUCCGUCAUCCAAGAAUCAACGCUGUCGUUCCCUUCUGUCAGCAGCAUCCCGCAGUCGGAUCGAUUUUCGCUGAUCAAGGCAUCUCCGCCCAAGGCAGGAACUGUCGCCGCCUCCCAUGAGGAGGGAGCAUACGACCCUCAAGGGUAUCUGGAGAAUCUGCGGGAGGCACGCGAGAUGCUCCUGGAAGCUCACGCCUUGGCUUCCGUCAACGGAGAUGGCAAAGAAGUACGGAGGGCCCUGGGAAUGCUACAGACUGUUGUCAUUCUCCUCUCUGCGGCAUCAUCUUCAGCCAGAAAGUCUGGCAUCCUUGGACAUCCAGGAUACGCCACCUGUGCGGUGGAAAUGGCGCGGAACCUGACGUGGCGCAGAGAGUACAACGCGCUCCUGACGGAGAAGAACUCGGGAAGAAACGGUCUGGAUUGGCCUGAGGAUAUACGAUCUCCGGAAACAAGACGAGCGAGCCUGAGCCCAGUGGUCGAUAUAUGCAAGUUCCAACGCGAGUACAUCGACAUCAUCCCUCAAGAGUGGAGUGUGAUUUCCAUCUCACUUAGCGACAACAAGCACGAUCUCUGUAUCUCGAAAUUGCAGGCUGGCCAAAGUCCAUUCGUCAUCAGGCUCCCCUUGGAGCGGGCGAGCUCCCGGGACGCUGACAGUGAUGUCUUCGACUUCCAGCAAGGUCGAACGGAACUGCUUGAUAUUAUCAAGCGGGCAAAUGAGACUUGUCACACCAAGCGAGACUUUUCAGUCAAGGGCGCAAAGACAGCCUGGUGGGGCGAGCGACAAGCUCUAGACGUACGUCUGGGGGAGCUGCUCGAGAGGAUCGAGCAGGUGUGGCUUGGCGGUUUCAAGGGCAUCUUCUCGCAGCAUAAGCGGCACCCAAAGCUACUUGCAAAGUUCCAGAAGAGCUUCACGAACAUCCUUGACAAGCACCUACCGUCGCGUCGCCAAGUCCGCGGAAAGAAGUCCAAGGCACCGGCUGCAAAAGUCACUCUCGACACGAGAAUACUCGAGCUGUUCGUCGGAUUUGGAGACGCCACUGACGCGGAAGGCGACUUUGACGAAAUGCUCAAUGAUCUACUAUACUUCGUCGUCGAUAUUCUUCAAUUCCAUGGCGAACGCAAUGCCUACGACGAGAUCGAUUUUGAUUCCAUGGUAGUCGAGACCUUGGACGCACUCCACUCGUACCACGCCGAAGCUAAAAGCCUGGAAGACGCAGAGACCAGGAGCCACACGAUUCUGGUUCUGGACAAGGUUCUACACACUUUCCCAUGGGAGUCACUGCCGUGCCUGCAGGGGCUGGCAGUGUCCCGGGUGCCGUCACUGGCAUGUCUCCGCAGGCUAAUUCUGGAGCAAAAGCCACGCACAGCAGGUUCAGACACGGACGGCUCAGAGCAUCCAGCAGGGCACCACGUCUCGAUCAGCUCCGGAACAUACAUGCUCAAUACCAGCGGCGACCUCAAGACCACCCAGGCCACCUUUGAGGACCCGCUGUCGACGCUCGGAGACUCGUGGAAGCGCAUCGUCAAGAAGGCGCCCACCGAGACCGAGUUCGAGGCGGCCCUCGCGUCCUCGGACAUCCUGCUUUACAUGGGCCAUGGCGGCGGCGCGCAGUACAUCCGCAACCGCACGAUCCGCAGGCUCGACAAGUGUCGCGCCGCGGCGCUGCUCAUGGGCUGCAGCUCGGCGAGCCUGGCUGACGUGGGCGACUUCGAGUGCUACGGCCUGGUCUGGAGCUACAUGCUGGCCGGGUGCCCGGCCGUCGUGGGCACGCUGUGGGACGUGACGGAUAGGGACAUCGACCUGUACACGGGGAGGGUCUUUGAGGAGUGGGGACUGGUCGCGAGUGGCACGUUCCCCGGGAGGGAGAAGGGCAAGGCGACCAGUGGCGUCGCCGCUGCUGAUGAUGACGCCGCGGGACGUGAGACCAAGAGGCCUGGGCGGUCUGGCUCGCGCAGGAGGGCCGCAGCGGAGGCGGUGGACGGCGACGUCGGUGUCGGUGUCGCCGCGGGCGCUGGCGGUGGCACAGCUUGCGAAUACGGCGACGCGUCCCUGCCGGAGGCUGUCUCCCGCGCGAGGAACUCUGGCGUCUGCAAGUUCAAGUACCUGAACGCCGCGGCGGUCUGUGUCUACGGCAUACCUGUGUACGUCGACCGUCCUCGUCAGGCGUGA